UUACAUGUAGACACUGACAAGGGCAAUAUUACUCCAGGAAAGGAUUGGAAUAAUCACAAAUCAUUUUGUUCCCUCCUUUCUCCGGUUGAUCUUCAUCACCGAAAAUUCAAUACCAAGCAACAACCCCUUCAAAUGACCUUAUAAAUGCCUGUUCGAAGCACACUACAAUUUCCACUCAGCUAGAGGCCACAGCUGCUUCACUUUCGACUCAGAAUUGGAUACUCAAAGCAAACAAAACAAUACAGUAUGGUCUCCAAAGCUUCUUUCUUUCUGUUCUGCCUCUCCUCCUUAACCAUUCUAUUCAUCGCCAGAGCCCAGGAUAGAGCUCCUCACGGCCUUGUUUAUGAGAAACCCGUGGCUUUCUCACCUUCAGCGGUUGAGUUCUUCCAUCCCAAAACACGAGAACCGAAUACCGAGAACCCAUGCGCUGCAUCGUCUAGUUGUUCACCGUUUCCCCUAGCAGCUGAGUUAGAAGAUACUGAUCAAACACAAGGUAAAAUCUCAACAUCCCAGAGAGGAGGAAAUCAGCUGGGGGCUGGUGGUAUUGCUGGCGUUAUACUUGGUUUGGCAUUUGCAGUGCUUCUCAUUAUGGGAGUCUACUAUGUAACGUUCACACGCAAAGCCAACAUAAAUCGAGCCAAUUCUGAUCAACCUAACGCUUGAUGUGGCCAUCCCCUAAUUAAGUCUAAAUGACUCUUACCAACUCUCUCUCUCUCUCUCUCUCUCUCUCUCUCUCUGAUUUUGGGCAUCGAGUGUAUAUCUACUGUGUCAUUAGUGAUUAUUGCGUGGUAUUUUACAAUUAUAACUAGUCAUCAAGUUGUUAAUCAUUUCAAUCU